UGUCAGGUGGAUGUCAUAUUGUUGAUGGAUUUUUCGGGAGGUGUGGACAAUAAACGUGAUGACUAUGUUAAACUGGCAUCUUCGCUUGUAAAAAAUCUACAUCUCGGUCCCUUUAACGCUCAGAUUGCAAUGAUCCGGUAUUCGGGACCAGGAAGAACCGAAACUAUCUUUCAUUUGAAUAAAUAUACGAAUGCUAGCGCGGCAAUAGAGGAAAUGAAACGAGUGCCACAUAUGGGUGGAACAACUCGGACUGGUGAGGCGAUCACCUAUGCCACUGGCGAAUUCGACCAGAGAUACGGAGCGAGAAAAGGAGCAAAACGCCUCAUUAUCAUUUUCACGGAUGGAUAUUCACAGGAAGAUCCCAGCGAUGCAGCGUUGGAGGCGCGGAAAAGUGGUAUUGAAAUCGACGCAGUGGCAGUAGAAGAUGACCUGGUACCUCCGGACAUGGAUCAGUUAGUGAUGAUAGCCAAUGGCAUUUCGAAUGUGUACAUGGCUUCGAAGUUCGAGAAGCUCAUGUCAAGAGUCAUGGAUCCUUUACGAAAGUGUAAAUGA